GCUAGAUUUGUUUUCGCUGCGAGUGCGGGCACACCGAUCUGCUCUAGUAGAAAGUGAGACGUUUUAAUUUGUUGUCUCUGCGCGCUGUGUAAAUUUGGUAAAUUCGGCCCCGAAUCGCGUAAAUUGGCGAGUUUCGCUAAUUAGGGCCAGUGCUCAACGUGUGUAGCCGUCGAUUGCCAAGGAUGCGACUAAUCACCAUAUCUCCUGCUGCCCGCAAUUAGCUUCUCCCAGAGCCGCCCUCGAAAAUCGCGCAUCGAAAUCCCCACUUCAGCAAGGAAAGCAAAGCAAAGCAGAGCAGCAGCAACAGGCCAACAAAGAUUCACGGGCCUCAAUUAGCGUAGCGAAAUAGCCAGCAGUGCAGUCUAGGUGCUGCUUGCGUGGUGGCCAAAAUGCGCGCCACCAUCGAGUUCGAGGAGUGCCUGAAGGAUUCUCCCAGAUUCAGACAAUUUGUUUCCAAGGAGGAGAGCGACAUCGAGCACUUGGAGCAGCGCUUGGAGAAAAUCAUCAAGCUGUGCAAUGUGGCCGUGGACUCGGGCAAGGAGUAUGUCAAGAACCAGAGCGCCUUUGCCAUGUCCCUGUGGGAUCUACAACAGCACUUUCUCGACAAUAAGAACGCGCACAAUGCGCUGGGCAAGCUGAUUCACUGCUUCCAGGAGAUGAACAAGUUCCACACCAUACUCUUGGAUCAGGCUAGCCGCACGGUGCUUAAAAAUCUCAGUGUGUUCGUGAAGGACGACAUUAACCAGGUGAAGGACUAUAAGGGACAUUUUCUCAAGGUUUCCGAAGGCUAUGACAAUGCGCUGAUUAAAAACGCUCAGGCCAGCAAAAACCGACCGCAGGAGAUGCAGGAGGCUGCCAAUAUCCUUUCUGCCUCGAAAUCGUGCUUCCAACACACCGCUCUGGAUUAUGUCAACUAUAUAACGCUAGCGCAGGCUCGCAAGGUCCCCUCAAUACUAUCCACGCUGUUGGAUUACUAUCAGGCGUGCGUGACCUAUUACCACCAGGGCUUCGAUCUGUGCAACGACUUCGACGAGUUCUUUAAGAAUAUCAGCGAGGAUUUGAACGCUUUGCGCGGUGACUAUCAGCAGCUGGAGAAGGCCAUGCAGAAUCGCCAUAUGAGCGUUAAUCGCUACUGCGACUCGAACACCAAUAGCACGUCCAACAAGAUCGAGGGCUACCUAUUCAAGAAGAAGUCCAAGGGCUUCAAGACCUGGUGCCGACGAUGGUUCUACCUCAGCGACAACCAGCUCGUAUAUAGAAAACGCAGCAACGAGGACUCGUUCUCGGUCAUGGAGGAGGAUCUGCGCAUCUGCAGCGUGCGCCCGGUAAACGAGGGUGACCGCCGUUUCUGCUUCGAGGUCAUCUCGCCGACCAAAUCUCACAUCCUGCAGGCUGACUCCGCUGACAUGCUUUCCCUGUGGAUUUCCGCGCUACAGCACAGCAUCGGUGCUGCCAUCCAGCAUGACUCCACGCAUCACUCGCGACCACAAUCGACGAACGCACCCAAUAAUUCGCUGCCCGCAAAGCGUAGAAUCCACUGGGAAGAGUUCCUGAAGAUACCGGGCAACGCAUAUUGUUGCGAUUGCAGGAGCCCCGAACCACGCUGGGCCUCCAUUAACUUGGGCAUCACCCUGUGCAUCGAGUGCUCCGGAGUGCACAGAAGCCUGGGUGUGCACUACAGCAAGGUGCGUUCCCUGACGCUGGAUGCCUGGGAGUCGGAGAACGUGAAGGUAAUGAUGGAGCUCGGCAACGAGGUGGUUAACCGCAUCUAUGAGGCACGCAUCGGCGAUGAUUGUGGGCUCAAAAAGCCCACGGAGCAGUGCGAGAUCGGAGUGCGCGAGGCUUGGAUCAAGGCGAAGUACGUGGAGCGGCGGUUCGUCUGCGGUAUGCCCAAACCGCAGGAGCUGCUGGCCAGCGAGACAGCCGAAGUGCUGAGCAUAGACAGUGGCGGCGUGGUAGAGGACGGCGAGAGUGGAGGCAGUGGUAUCGCUAAGCGAGCUACUCUGUCGCUGGGCGGCACGCGAAAGUGGGCGGUGAAGAAACUUCGACGAAGGCAGAAGCAGCGCUCGAUCCCAAAAACGUUGAGCGAUGAUCCGAGCAUCUAUAACACAGCCAAAACCGGCGACGAGUUGGAAGAUGACGAUGAUGAUGAAUCCAUCAACAUUCCCUCGAUGUCACUAAGCAUUUCACGCGACGAUUUGCUUGUGAUCGGCGAUGACCUGGCUCUUGACAGACUAGAGACUCCCGGCAUUCUGGGCAGCGAUCAAGAGAGCACCGAUGGCGAGUCAGAUGCGGAGUCGCCAGAGGAACUGCCCUUCUCCCAGCUAGACGCCAAUCAAUUGCUGUACAUGGCUUCGGUGGUGCACAAUCUACCAGUGAUGUGCAUGGCCUUCGCAUUGGGUGCCGACAAGAUGUGGAAAAAUCCCCAAGACCGGCAACGAUCGUUUCUGCACCAGGCCGUCAUUUCCGGCUCCGUGAUGGCCUGCGAGUUUUUGCUACUAAACGGAGCCGCCAUCGAUGCUGUGGACGAGAUGGGCUACAGCGCCCUGCACAUAUCAACGGCCAAGGGUCACAUCGCCCAAGUGUAUUUGCUGUUGAAGCAUAAAGCUGCAUACGACCUCUCCUCCAGUGACGGAAAGAAGGCUCUGGACAUUGCAGUGGACCAGGAAAACGCAGACAUUGUAACGCUACUCCGAUUGACACAACUGAAUGACGAGAUUGGACCCAACGACGAGUACAAUGGCGAAGAUGAGACGUACAAGAACGUAAUGAAGGACUUCUCCAAGUUACCAGCCAGCCAGACGCGAGUUCUGCGCCAGCGGCACGACUCAAAUACACUCGAAUCGCAGCGCAGCUCGCUUACAAACUCCGACUAGCAGUGGCAGAAGGGCCGCAAGAGUUAGGACCUUACUGGAUAUUAUGGAAUAAUUUGUUCCAAUUAUUAGGAUAGCGUGAUAUUGGAUUGUUAUUGGCUUUAUAACGCAUUAACCAGGAAUGUUAAACGGUUUCGACCUCUAAGGAUGUCGUUGCGGGCUUGUUUCCCUUGGUAAUCUCAUUUGAAAAGCGCUUCCGAUUAUACAAGAAAAUAUUAUUCAUUGCAUUUGGCAUUCGAAUGGCAGGCACGAUCGUUCGUUUUCUCUUAGGCGCAUUUUGAAUCCGUUUUUGGCGAUUAGCUUAAGUUUAAAGUAUUCGUAGAGCAGUUGAGUUUAUUAAAAAUACGUAUAUUUGCCUAUAAAAUUGUACAUCGUCUUAUGUGGUAUUUAUUAAACGAUAUUGUAAAAUGUACGUCUAGCUAUAUGUAUCUUGUUACAGAGCUGUUCCAAAUGUUCCGAUUUGUAUUUGUUUGCUAAACUGUUUAAUGCUGCAUGUUUCUAAAUGUUUUAACGCUAUCAUGUUGAUGAUUUUUGGUGCCAACUGUUGUGAGCACUCUAGGUUCGCGAAUAAAGUUGUAAAAUAUUCAGAUC